AUGCAUUUUCGGAUAACUUUGACUUACAUUUUCUUCGUACUUGCAAAAGGACAAUCAUCAGGUCAUUUUAGGCUUGUCACAGAAAAGGGUGAAACCCUCUCUGGUUUACCUGUGGCUGGGGGUGCAAUACGUGUGGACAGCUUGAUCGAAUGUUGCCAGGUUUGCCUCAGUAAUUCUAAUUGUGUUGCGGUGAAUUUUCAACAUUUUCCGGACUUUGUUAAGGAUCGGUUAUGUGUUCUGCUAAGCUAUAUCAAUGCAAUAGCUGGGAAAACGGAGAAUGCUCUUGGAUUCAGUACAUUUGUGGCCGUAUCAAGAGCCACAGAGGCUCGGUUUUCCUAUUGUGCAGGUUUGGCCAAAGGCACCGGCGUCAAAUCAGUGACCAUCAACGGCAAAUCUGUUGCGAUCCCUUGCGAUAAUAACUGGCUGGUCAUUCAAAGACGCAAGGACGGCUCUGUGGACUUCGAGCAGGAUUGGGCUGCCUACAAACAGGGAUUUGGCUCACCGUCAGGAGAACUCUGGCUUGGUAACGACAAAAUUCACCACUUGACCACGCUGUUUCCGUGUAUAUUAAAAGUAAUAGUCACAUCGGACAAUGGGACGGAGUACUGGGCACAAUUCUCAGGGUUCUCCGUCGCAAACGAGGCGCAGAGUUACACGAUGGUCGACGCGGUCUACGAUGGCGGAACAACCGGCGACUUUCUUACCAACACUGCGCUGUAUGGCUACGCUCUUAAUUUGAGCUUUUCUACGAAAGAUCGGGAUCGUCCAGGGCAUAGCUGUGCAAAGAAAUAUAGAGGGGGCUGGUGGUACUCGAAUUGUUACCAAGCCAACUUGAAUGGAGUCUACGGCGUGGAGUGUAAUCUUUACAAUGCGCACUGUAUUAGGAUUAUAACACUUCAAAAUUAUGGAUUGAAAAUUGUCAGAGUUGUGAUGAAGAUACUACCUAUCGUAUUGUAG